UUCGCCUCUGUUUUAUACUCUUUGACCGAUGUUUCUUGCACACGCUUUCCAAUCGAUUUCCCUGCAGGAUAUUGUCAGCCAGCUGAGCAAAGACGACAUAGCCACCUUGGCUGCCAUUAUUGCAGGGGGAUAUGCGAGCUACAAGGUUGUGCAUGCCCUAUUCUUGUCGCCACUCCGCCAUGUCCCUGGGCCUUUCAUUGCACGAUUGACGUCGCUGCGGAACGCAGAUUGUAAGUGCAAUUGGUGGGAUGGGGCGGAUGGCUAAGGAAGAGUACAAAGAAUACGGCGAUAUCUACCUUGCUGGACCGAACUCGGUUACCAUAUCCAGCCCGUCGGAUAUAAAGACGGUCCUUUCUUCGCACGCGUUCGUUAAGGGUGACUUUUACACAGCACUGGACGUGUUUUGGGAUUGAAAACACAGUCAGUGCGCGUAAUCCCAGAGUUGGCUUCUAUGCGCAAGCGCCAGCUGGGCCCAUACUUCAAUGCUGCCUAUGUCACAAGAAUGGAACCAAAGAUCCUGCAAUUCGGGAUCCUGGGACUAAAGUCGAAAUGGGACAGCGAGUUGGCGCAGAACUCGAGCGGCAGCAUCGAGACUGACUAUAGCCAUGAUUUUAUGCUCGCAACACUGGACACAAUAAGCGCACUGGCUUUUGGCACCGAGCCUCGAGGGCUGAAAGAGAACGACCCAACAGUCGCACACUGGGUCGAUGCGACUGUCAAGGUCCACGGAAGCUCGCUCGCCACUGCAACGAGUCCAUUGCCUGCGCGCAGGAGGCUCUUGACUGAAGGUGGCAAGAAACCGGUAGACUUGCUGCAGGCAUUCCUUGACGCACAGGAUCCUGAAUCCAAGAUCUCGAUGGACGAGACGCAGCUACAGGCAGAGACAAUUGUGAUGAUGCUGGCAGGCACUGACACGUCCUCAAACACGCUGCAGUGGGCCACACAUCUGCUGAUGUUGUAUCCUGAGAUACGCGCUAAGGCUGUGGAUGAAGUCCGCAGCAAUUUCGCGACAGACCAUGUCAUCACAUACGCAGAGGUCAAGAAGUCGCUGCCAUUUGUCGAGGCAUGCAUAUAUGAGGCACUCCGUCUGUGUCCUGUCCUUGGCGGUACUGUGCCUCGCGUAUCUCCACCUGGUGGAAUAACGUUACAAGGUCACUUCAUUCCUGCCGGGACUGAGAUUAACGUCAAUUAUGUUGGAGCAAGCAUCCACAAGAACACAUGGGAUGAGCCGCUCAAGUAUGAUCCAACAAGUCCUGGAGUCCGAAUCUGUCCAGGCCGUCACUUGGCGUGGGCUGAGGUGUCAACUAUCCUAGCCAACAUGCUCAAGGACUACGACAUGUCACUUCCCGAUGACUAUACCCACCUAGGACCAGAUGUGCUGGAUGGCAAUGGAUACCCGAAGCUGAUGGAAUCCGUCCACAUUGUCGUCACUACGCCAGUUAAUCCCCAGCGCGACUGCCGACUGGUUCUCACCAAGCGUGCCUAGUUUUUCAUUUUCCGAGUAUAAUGCUGCUGUCCCUUUUCUGAGCUAGUUUCAUACUGUGACAGGAAUUGUGCCAAUAUAUGGCCGUUCACCUGUGCCAGACAUCUGCGACAAUACCACCAAAUGCGC